UCUUCACUUCUCUUUUUUUUUUUUUUUUUUUAUUUCUUUCUUUGCCAGAGAACCAUGACACACCUGGCAAACACGACGCGCGCGCAGUCGAUCGACGAAGUCUGGGCGGAUGUGCAAUCCGGCAUGGACUGCUUCUACUAUAGCGACCAGGGCAUUGACUACAAUCGCCACAUGAAGCAUUACUCCAACAUUUACAACUACUGCACCGCCCCUCGGACCUUGCCGACUGAUAUCAGUCGAAACGCCCGUCGGCCCGACUCGAACAAUUUCAAGGGGGCGCAUGUCACCGGUCAAGACUUGUACUGCCGGGUGAUUGAGUACCUCCGCCAGUACCUGCGAACUCGUUCCGAGGCUUGCAAAGAGCUUUCAGAUGAAACGCUCCUGCGCUACCUCAACAAGCAGUGGGACCGCUACAAGAUUGCCAGCAAAGUGCUGAAUCAUCUGUUCGCCUACUUGAAUCGCUAUUGGAUUCGCCGCGAAAUUGAAGAAAACGUCAAGAAUGUCCACGAGAUUUACAAGCUCGCACUCGUCACUUGGCGCGACGACCUGCUCCUGCCGUUCAACAAGCAAAUCACGGCGGCUUGCUUCCGACUCAUUGAACGUGAGCGCAACGGUGAAAAGAUCGAGACCAGUCUCAUCCAUGACAUUGUCGACUGCUAUGUCAGUCUUGGCCUGGGCGAGGAAGACUACAAGAAGCAACGGCUCGGUGUUUACCAGCAGUACUUUGAGAGUGGUUUUAUCGAGCAGACCACCCUGUUCUACACUGCCGAAAGCUCCAAGUUUUUGGCCUCGAAUCCUGUGACCGAGUAUCUGAAAAAGAUUGAGGCCCGGCUCGCAGAGGAAGAAAGCCGCGUCCAGCUUUACCUCAGCAUCAACUCGCGGGAGCCGCUGCUCGAGUGUUGCGAUAAAAUUCUGGUGAGCAACCACCUGGAGACCUUGCAGGCCGAGUUCCCCAACCUGUUGUCACACAACCAGGUCGACGACUUGGCUCGCAUGUACACUGUGCUUUCCCGCGUUGCCAACGGACUGGACUCGCUCCGAGUGAUUCUCGAAGAGCACGUUUCGGCGCAAGGCUUGUCCGCGAUUGAAAGCUGCAGCGAAACUGCGCUGAACGACCCCACCCAGUACGUGACCACGCUGCUCGCGGUGCACAAGCGGUAUGCAGCUCUCGUCGCUGGCCCCUUCCGCGGCGAUGCGAGCUUUGUUGCUGCCUUGGACAAGGCGUGUCGCAAGUUUGUCAACACGAAUGCAGUCACCGCCAAGGCCAAGUCCUCGACAAAGUCCCCUGAGCUCUUGGCGCGUUACUGCGACGCGCUCCUCAAGAAGGGUAGCAAAAACCCUGACGAGAACGAACUCGAGGAGCUCCAGCAGGACAUUAUGGUUGUCUUCAAGUACAUUGACGACAAGGACGUCUUUCAAAAGUUUUACACAAAGAUGCUGGCCAAGCGUCUCGUGCUCGGCGUGUCCUCGUCCGACGACGCGGAAGAGUCCUUCAUUUCCAAGCUCAAGCAGACGUGUGGCUACGAGUACACGGCCAAGCUGCACCGCAUGUUCAACGACAUUGGUCUCAGCAAGGACCUGAGCUCCAAGUUCCAGGAGCAUCUUGUGGCAAGCAGCACCAAGCUGAACCUUGACUUUAGCAUCAUGGUUUUGGGCUCGGGAGCGUGGCCGCUGCAGGGCAACACUGCCCCCUUCUCGGUCCCCGACGACCUCGUGCGUGCACUCGAACGCUUCACGACCUUCUACCAGAACCAGCACUCUGGUCGCAAGCUCAUGUGGCUGUACCCGCAGUCGAAGGGCGAGCUGCGCACUUCGUACGGCAAAGGUGCGACCAAGUACACCCUCCAGGCGUCUGCCUACCAGAUGGCCAUUCUGCUGCUCUUCAACACCAACGAUUCGCUCACAGUGGAGGCCAUCCAUCAGGCCACGCUGCUCCCACUUCCGCUUCUUGGCAGUAUUCUCGCCGUUCUCGUCAAGGCCAAGCUGCUGAACGCCGAGAUUGAGGAUGAGAACUUUGCGCCUACCACCGAGGUUUCGCUCAACUUUGAUUUCAAGAGCAAACGUCUCCGUGUCAACGUCAACCUGCCUCUCAAGUCUGAGCAAAAGGCCGAGCAAGAGGACACCCAGAAAACGGUCGAAGAAGAUCGCAAGCUUUUGAUUCAGGCCUCUAUUGUCCGCAUCAUGAAGACCCGCAAGGUUUUGAAGCAUGCUCUGUUGAUGAACGAGGUCAUUGCGCAACUGAACAAUCGAUUCAAGCCAAAGAUCCCGACCAUCAAGAAGUGCAUCGACAUUCUUUUGGAGAAGGAGUAUCUCGAGCGACUGCCCGAUCAGAACGACACCUACUCGUACCUCGCUUGAGCAGUCUUUGCUUUCAUCAUUCCAUGCUCCUGUGUUUUCCUGCACCUCAUGUGUUGAUUGUCCUAUUUCGUUGUACCUGUACUACAAGAUUCCUUUCGCAACAGCAUCAUUUUGAA